AUGUUUGCAUUCAACAUCAGUUCCAUGGAAGGAGGCGGCUCUCAUAUCUUGCCGUCGGAAAAGGGCCUGAAACCAAUGGUUGACUUGAAGCGCUCCCUCGAAGAUAGAAGCCGAGCUCCUCCAAAUUUCACGCUCGCAAGAGCUUUCCAGCUCUUCUUUUCUACCCGGGUGGAAACUCCAGGCUCAAUUAAUUUGUUCCAAGCACGACUUCUCUCGAUCACAUGGAAGCAUAUGAAGGCCCAGCAGAACGAACUGGACGAGAAGGAAUGGGACAAGGUUUUCUCGAUUGAGAGUCUGGAAAGGAUGCUAUUUGUGCUGUCUGAAUCAGACUGUCUUCCUGAGGCGCGUGAUACCAUGCUCAAGAUCGCUCGCUUUGCCUACCUCGAACUAUGUGCCGAUCAUGGAUUUGGUCCCAACACGAUUAGCCGACCUGCCCUUCUCCUUUAUAUCAACCUUUUGUCAGUCAACGGGAAACCCGAGGAGGCUCGACAGGUGAUAAUUAAUUUCGGAGGUCAAUUUCGCGGCGCCAAACCGUCGCCUUGGUUGACGGUCUUGAAGGGAGUUGCCAUGAAGGAUGACAGGCCCCAGCUGCGUAAGAUUACGCAAGAACUCGAUCAAUAUGGGGUGAAGUUUGAUCAAUCUUCUCAGGAAGAGUUGAUUAACAUCCUUGUCGCCCAGGGAUUGUUCAGUGCGGCCCAGACCAUCUUUGAAUGUCCUCUCGCCGGCAACGGCGAGCCCUCUAUCGCCGCUAAGAUCGCUGUCGUCAAAUCUGCAAUUCUACACUCGCAACUUGACUGGGCUAGGCCCAUCUUUCACUCUCUGCCCCAAGGCCCGACCCCCGAGACUGCUGGUAUUAACCUUCUCUGGGAGGCCGCUCAGGGCAGCAAUGCAACUUUGCUUGCCAAAAAGGUCAACUCCUGGACAUCCAAAAACCCUCACCUCAAAAAAGCGAUUACAAUUUCGGACUUCAAUGCGCUCAUUGAGUAUGCCAAUGCUGUUCAAAACCCUCAGCUGGUUAUCGACCUCGAAGAGCAAUCCGAGAAGUGGGGUCUCGUCGCCAACGAGCAGACCUAUCUACUCCAACUGGAAUCGGCAGUCAAUUCCAACGAUGUGCAACGGACACUCAAGAUUCUUGAAUCUACUAUUGACCCUAGCACUCUAGCGAGUGAUCACCUUCCUCUUGCCAACCGGCUCAUCAUUAUGCUUUGUGCCUCAAAGCAAAGCGGUGCUCUUUUUGAACGAAUUUCAGCUCUCCUGGACCCGCUUUUUCAAGAUCACGUCCGUCUUGAACCACAAACCGUCACUGCACUUACGCGCAUGCUUCUCUACCGUCGCGACUUUGGCGCGGUAUCCGAACUACUUCGCCCACGGCUGGGCACUUUCGAUAGCGAAGGCAAGAGUUUGGUCCGCACUGCAUUGAUCGACUAUAUUAUGGAUCGCAGUCAGAAAGACGCCAACGUAUGGACCAUCUACGAACUGUUCAAGGUGGCUUUCCCCGAGACCGGCGUUAGCACCAGAACAGAGCUUAUGGGCUCCUUCUUCGACCGGAAUCGGAGCGACCUUGCGGCUUUGGUAUUCGGACACAUGCGCCAGGCCGAGGAUCUUACACGUCGACCUAAGCCCGAUACAUAUGCCAGAUGCCUGCAGGGAAUCGCUCGUGCAGCUGAUCAGAAAAACUUGGAACUGGUGCACAACAUGCUCAAGCUUGACCUUGAAGUCGAACUCAACACGCGCAUCUUGAAUGGAUUGAUGCUGGCGUACGCAGCGUGCGAAAUGCCGGAGAAGAGUAUGGAAAUUUUCAGACAAAUACUUCAGUCGGAUGAGGGCCCUUCGCACAAAACCCUCGCAAUCUUUUUCAAAGCUUGCGAGUCUCAUGCUGAUGGUACCCACGAGGCAAUGAAGAUGCUGAAGAAGAUCAAGAAGCUCGAUAUUGAGAUUGAUCGUCGUUUGUAUAGCUCUUAUAUCGAGGCGCUCGCUGCUCAAUGUGAUUUCGACCUGGCUACUGAGGCUAUUGAUAAUAUGGAAGCUGAGAUUGGAUUGGCCCCGACAAGCACGACAAUUGGUCUUUUCUAUAAUGCUUCACUUUCCCAAUACUCGAAAGACAAGAUCGAGGCAUGGGCUCGCGAAAAAUAUCCCGAUUUGUGGGCGCAUUUGUCCAAGACUAACCGCACUGACUGCGACGAGGGCCUAAAGUUCGAUGGUAUCACGAAUGAGACAUGGGUCUAG